CCGCCAUGUGUCAAGCGAGCGAGGACUACGCGGAGCCGGUGCGUGAGGACCCUCCGCCCGUUCCGCGGCCGGGCCGGGAGCAGAAGUGCGUGAAGUGCGCCGAAGGCCUGCCCGUGGUGGUGAUCCGAGCGGGAGAUGCCUUUUGCAGGGACUGUUUCAAGGCCUUCUAUGUCCACAAGUUCAGAGCCAUGCUGGGGAAGAACCGGCUCAUCUUUCCGGGUGAGAAGGUGCUCUUGGCAUGGUCUGGCGGACUUUCAUCCAGCUCCAUGGUCUGGCAAGUUCUUGAGGGCCUGAGUCAGGAUUCUGCCAAACGACUGCGUUUUGUGCCAGGGAUCAUCUAUGUUGACGAAGGAGCAGCCUGCGGCCAGAGCCCAGAAGACAGAGCAAAGACCCUGGCUGAGGUGAAGCUGGUCUUGCAAAGCACUGGCCUCCCAUGGCAUGUGGUCACUUUAGAGGAGGUGUUCGGCCUGUCACCGUCAGUGCUGCGUUGCGCUGCGCAGGAGCCAGCAGGGACAGAGGAGGCCUACAAGGCAGCUGUGGACAGCUUCCUGCAGAAGCAGCACGUACUGGAGGCCGAGGGCAGCUCCAGCGUGGCUCAGGGGAGUGAGCAGCUGUGCUCGCCCCCCAGCCAGGACCCUCCAGGCAUGGCUGGAUCCCCGACAGCCACCCAGACUGAGGCCCUGUCCAGACUGUUCAACUCUGUGAAGACACUGACAGCCAAAGAGGAGCUCCUACAGACCCUGCGGACCCACCUGAUUCUGCAUGUGGCCCGAACCCAUGGCUACUGCAAAGUGAUGACUGGAGAGAGCUGCACCCGCUUGGCCAUCAAGCUCAUGACGAAUCUAGCUCUGGGGAGAGGAGCCUUCCUUGCGUGGGACACAGGCUUCUCGGAUGAGCGGCAUGGGGAUGUGGUGCUGGUACGGCCCAUGCGCGACCACACACUGAAGGAGGUGGCCUUCUACAACCGCCUGUUUGCUGUCCCCUCCGUUUUCACACCAGCCAUCGACACUAAGGCCCCUGAAAAAGCCAGCAUCCACCGGUUGAUGGAAGCCUUCAUUCUGAAGCUACAGACCCAGUUCCCCUCCACGGUCAGCACUGUGUACAGGACAAGUGAGAAGCUGGUCAAGGCUCCCAGGGAGGGCUGUGCUGACGGCCCCCGCUGCCUCCUCUGCAUGUGUGUGCUGGACAUCGAUGCUGUUGACAGUGCCACAGCCUUUGGGGCUCAGACCUCCUCACAUCUCUCCCAGAUGCUGCCAGUUGAGGCUGGGCUGCCCACCCCGUCCUGCUGCGGAGCAGGGGAGGGCCAGGCCCAGAGGUGCUGCAGGGCAGUCUGUGGGAAGGAGGACAUGCAGGCUUUUGUCCGGGAGCAGCUGUGCUACGGCUGCCGGGUGAACAUGAAGGACCUGUCCUCCCUGGACCCACUGCCGCCCUAUAUCCUAGCUGAGGCCCAGCUCCGCACUCAGAGGACCCGGGUCACACAGGAAGUCCAGGAGUAUCUGAUCCAGGACAGUGAUGAGGAGGAAGAGACUGGGCAGAGCUGAGCCUUAGCACACUCACUGGGCCUCUGUGGCAGACCAACCCCACAGACAGGAGUAGACACACGGACUGGCCUGGGACUGUCCAUUUGUAUAAAUAAAAACAUUUUUAAUUAGAAAA